AUGAAGUACCUGCUGAUCUCACUGGCCCUAUGGCUGGGCACAGUGGGUUGGGGUGGGACUGAACCCACCGAUUUGCUCCACAGGGGCCUGGAGGUGGCCCUGGAGAUGUUCCACGAGCACCCACCCCUGGAAUGGGCCUUCCAGGAAACAGCUGUGGACAGUGCUUUGAAUAUGCCCUUCCCAGCAGGCAACUUUGUGAAGUUGGGAUUUAAGCUCCAGCAGACAAACUGUCUCAAGAAGGACUGGAGAAAACCAGAGUGCAAAGUCCAGCCGAACGGGAGGAAGUUGGAGUGUGUGGCCUGCGUCAAACUGGGCCCCCAGGGUAAUGCUCUUGGCCGGUGGUUCCAUUGCCCCAUACCAAGGGGGUGGACACAGUGGCAGGAACUCCGGUACCAGUGCAGAAUGGUGGAACAGGCUGGUGAGGAACAGCUCCUCCAAAGAUGAGCAUCUCCAGAAACGUGCUCCACAAUGAACCCUGGACAGAAUUUCAUCCUGCUUCCUGGACAGCUGCUGCAACACCAGUGGAAGCACCGCCUCCCCCAAGUUCCAUCGCGGUCCAUGCUAAUAAAACUACUGUGUCUGUU